AAGUGCUUCGGUGGCAGGAGUUACUUUAUAACCUUGUAGUUACCUUUUGAAUGAGGGCAUGGUUUACUGUUUGUACGAGGUUAAGGAAAUAUAUUACUGUAAUCUAGGGAACAAAUUUGAGGCCUAGUAUUCAGGGUUCUGUCAACUGUGAGUCCAGGGGUCGAUAUCAAAGAUCAAAGAUGAAGGCCGAUUGGAAGUCCGGAAGUUAAGGCCAAAUGGCUAGAGCCACAUGUCUGGAAAUCUUUGCAGUUCUACUGAUGAAGGUCACCCAAUUAACACCGAAGCCUAUGACACAGAGAUUUAAUCAUGAAGAGAAAUAUUACUGAAAAUUCAACACGAGCUACAGCAGGAUGCUUUCCUGUAUUACUAUUCAACCAAAGAAAAAGAACCCGAUUGCCAUUAACUUCAAAUCCUAUGGAACAUGAAUCAAGCUCCAAUAGCAAUUUUCCUACAUCGGAGAAUUUUGAUUCACCACCUGCAGGCAACAGAGGAUUGAUACAAAGCAGACCACAAAGCAACCAGAUAACAAUGCAGAAUAGUUAUGAGGCUCAGCUCCAGUAUCCCAGUAAGAGGAGCUAUUUGGACAAUACCAGUAGUUCAGUAAAAACUAUGAAAACCAGCCAACCUCAGCAACAUGUGCCACAACAUGAACGAGCUCAGGCAUACAGGAAGUUUUCCUAUGGAUCUAAUGCUGUAGGGCAAAGCAGCUGGAACCAGGUUCAACAGCAAAUACCUCAUCAACAACAAAGGCAGGAGCACAAGCAAUUUUCAAGUGGAUCCAACACCACAGGGCAAAGCAAUAAAACCAGUUGGAACACAGGUGUUAAACAUCAGCUGGGAAACACUUGGAAAGAAAAUCCUAAGUCUACAAUAAAUGACCUAAAGGAAUUUGCAUCUACUACUGGCACUAAUUAUUCACAAAUGAAAAUGGCAGAUUCUUUCAGAUCACAUGUCUCAUCUGACCCUUACAAAGCACAGACAAAAUCUUAUCAACAAAUACAUCAGAAAUUCAAGAAUUCGCCUCAGAAUAUAGCAAGGAAUAGAUAUUGUAGUCAACAAAAUGAGUUUACUGAAAAUCACUUUAUAAAUAAUCCCGAUGAUGGUGUCGAUCAGAGGUCGAAACCUACUCAGAUGAAACUUACACAACCAGAUAAUACAUUACGUGUUAUGACUGCAACUAUAGAAGGCAUGAAACACUGGACUCAAUACAGUGAUAGGCUUACACUGCUAUUUGAGGUCUUCGCUACUUUAGAUUCUGCAGUCAUAACUGGAGAAUACGGUGCUAAAAAUUUCCUUCUGAGAGAUAGAAAAAAUUCAGUUCCAUGUGUGUUCUAUGAAACAGGCUCUUCAACAGAAAUGUUGAUUCAGUAUGCUAGAUGUGAUGCCUCUUGUACACAUCCAAUCAACCUUAAUUUAGAGACCCGUUACUUAAACAGAAUACUAUUUUUGUUUGCUUGUAUAUUUCCAAAGCAUUUGCUGAGGUGGUACACUUAGAGUAUAAUUUCAAAGAUUUUAUUCCAUUAAUUGAAAGUUUAAAGACAUUGUUCAGAGAAUCUAAUAAAUUUCAAGUUUUAUCAUCUAAAUUUUGGGAUGUUUUUCUGCUACAUAUAUAUGUAUAUGUAAUACUCAUAAUAUGUUCUGUUUCAUGCCACAACUUGUGUUAUUGACAUUGCCAGAUACUGUAAAUAAGCUUCAUAUCUGAAGUGUAUGAUUAUCACAUAAGGGAAUUAAUCCUAUGAUAUUAUGAUGUUUGGACUAUUGAGCAAUAAUCAUCGUUCAGACACAACUUUUUGUUUUAUAUAUGUGUCCCAUAAAAACAUGUUCAAACAAAAACACCAGAACAAAUUAAGCGUUUUCAGAUGUUCUACACAUCUGGAUCAAUUUUGGAUCAUUUUCAUUGAAACCUACUUUUCUGCUAAAUUUAUGAACCUUUGUUGUUUUUAAACAAAGGCCUUCUGAGCUACAAAGUAAUAAUAGAAAUAAGUAAAUUCAGUAUUUAUGGUUCAACUUACUUGUUUUUAAACUUCAGAUCAAGUUCAACUAAAAUUUUAAACUAACUGCUUUGUCUUGGGUUAAAUGGCAAUUACUUCCUUUGAUUUCCCAAUAUAAAGACUUAAGUAAUUCUACUCGGAUGACAAGAGAUACUCAAGUAGGAAGGGGAAUCUGGAAUUUAUUUAAUCAAUGUUGUAUAGAUAAUCCAGAUGAUGGUGUGCUAACGUGUCCUUUGAGAUCCAUUGGUCAUGAGAAAGUGAAUUGUCAGGACAGAGCUAGGAUUGGUGACAUGUUGAACAAACUGUUUGGGUUGAAAGAAAAAAUGCAGCAAUAAUUAUCUUUUGCAUCAUUCAAAAUGAAACUGUUAAAAUAGAUUAGACUUGAAGUUUUGUAAUUCUUCUGCAUUAUCAAAAGAAGAAUGACCUGCGAUUAGGUUAUAAUUCAUGAAUGGUAAUGGGGGGAAUUCAUGCAGGAGAUGAUCACAAUUCACAAGGCUUUUGAGUAGGAUGGUUUUGAAAAAUCUUUGAUGCUUCCUGAUAGUAGCAGUUUUCAGUAUUUUCUUUGUAAGGAUGAAGUUCUGCCUUUUUCCAUAAUAAACACAAUCCCCAACUUAUGCCAUAGUAUCUAUACCUACUAAAUACCCUCAAUCUUGAUCAAUAACUAAUUUGGAGAAAAAUGAUCUCUCAUAUGCAUAUCCUCUAUAUAUCCCCAUUAAGGUAACUAAUCACCAAAUGCAUUUCUACCAUUAAUUUUUUACGAUUCAGCUUUAAAUAUGCUCUAAUGUAAAAUUUAGAUUGAUGGUAGUCAGAACGUGUUUUCAAAAAAAUUACUGUAACCAUGUGUUAAACCACAUUUUUUGUGUCUCUUGGAUCAUUGAAUUGUUCUGCAAUAUAAAUGGGACAGUUCUAUUAAAGAUGACACAUUAUGUUCAGAUGUUAAAUGCAUAUUAUAACUCAGUUUAAAUGAAACACAUUUUUGGAAAUGAGAUGUGAUUAUGUACAUAUGAUUCAAAUAAUACAGACUCUGUAACAUGAUUUUAUGUCAUGCUUUCUCCAUAAUUGUACAACUUGCAGCAUCUCUAGACUAGUGCUUCAUGUUCAGCAAUUCAUUUCUCCAGAGAGGUAUUAUCAGUAAUUUCUUUCACAUAAUUUUAUGGUAAAUCAGUCAUGCAUAUGAUGUGUUUCAUUUACUUUAAGAUGAUUUGCUUACUUUUUAGUGAAAGUUCAUUAUUAUCUCUCAGAUUUAUUGACAUUUUGGGGUCAUUUCAUCUGGUUUGAUAAUCUGUCAAUACAUUGCCCGUCUGUGAAUGCUGAAAACAGUUUACAAUUCAAAAAGUAAAUUAAUUUAAUCCGAUAGUAGUUUAAGCCUCAAACCUAGUUGAAAUAAUAGACAUUGGAUACUGACAGAUUACUGAAAAUAGAUAACUUGUGUUAUGAUUGACAUUAUUUUUUGUUUGUGGCAUCUUUUGAAUUAUGAUAUUGGUGCAUUUGAUCUAUUUUUUCUCAUAGUCACCCUGUAUUCCCUAGUGUAAUAGAGAUUUUAGUUACUGAGAUACAGCACAGAAUAACACCCUCUAGCCCCUUGAGCGGUGCCUCCCAGCAAUCCCCCAAUUUAACCGUACCCUAAUCAUGGGACAGUUUACAAUGACCAAUUAACCUAUGUCUUUGGACUGUGGGAGGAAGCUGGAGCACCUGGAGGAAACCCAUGCGUUCAUUAGGAGAACAUACAAACUCCAGACAGGCAGCGGCUGGAAUUGAACUCAGGUUGCUGGUACCAUAAAACAUUGUGCUAACCAUGACACUGGCGUGCAUUUAUUAUUAUUAGUAGUAAUAAUUAACAGUGCAUUGGCAGAAUGAGAAAUGUAUUAUGGUAUUUAACAAAGUUAUGUUUCAGCCACAGCCUAAAGAAACUUAGAUUCAUAAUAUAAGUAGAAAGUUUGUCCAUUUAAUCAUUUCCCCAAUUAUACUGGUACCCAAGAAGCCUUAAUGACUGUCAUCCAGUAACACUUAGAUCCACUGUAAUAAAGUGCUUUGAGAGGUUGGGGACGAAACAUAUCAAUUCCUGCCUGAGGAAUGACUUGGAUCUGUUCCAGUUUGCCUAAUGUCAGAACAAUUCAGUAGUAGAUGCCAUUUCAUUGACCCUUUACUCAACCCUGGAAAAUCUGGACAGUGAAGGUGCAGGAUGCUCUUUAUUGACUACAGUUCUGUGACCCCUCAGAACUAAUCAGUAAGCUCCAAGACCUAGGCCUCAAUACUUCCUUGUAAAACCGCAUCUUUGAUUUCUUCAAUUACAGACCUCAGUCAGUUCGAUUGGCAACAACCUCUCCUCCACAAUGUUCAUCAAUACAAGUGCACCAUAAGGCUGUGCACUUUUCCCCCUGUGCUUGCUUUAUACUUAUGACGGUGAGGCUCAGCUCCAAUGCCAUAUUUAAGUUUGCUGAUGAUACCACUGUCGUAGGCUGAAUCAAAGGUGGUGAUGAAUCACCAUAUAAGAGGGAGAUUGAAAAUCUGGCUGAGUAGUGUCACAGUAACAACCAUUCCCUUAUUGUCAGAAAGAUCACAGAGCUGAUUAUUGACAACUGGAGGUCCAUGGAGCCAAUCCUCAUUGGGGAACCAGAGGUGGAGAGAGUCAGCAACUUUAAAUUUGUCAAUGUUAUAAUUUCACAGAAUCUGUUCUGGCCCUUGCAUGUUACUGGCAUAACAAAGGAAGCAUAGCAAUGCCUCUACUUUCUAAGAAGUUGCAAAGAUUCAGCAUGUCAUCUAAAACUUUGACAGACUUCUACAGAUGUGUAGAGAAGAGUAUACUGAUAGAUUGCAUAUUGACCUGGUAUGGAAACACCAAUGCCCUUUUAUAGAAAAGCCUACUAAGAGUAGUGGAUACAGCCCAAUCAGAGGUAAAGCCCUCCCCACCACUGAGCACAUCUACAAGGAGCAGUGUCACAAGAAAGCAGCAUCCAUCAUCAAAGACCCCUUCAUCAAAGAUCAUCCAAGCCAUGCUCAGUUCUCGCUGCUGCGAUCAGGAAGAAGACACAGAAACUUCAUGACCCAUGCCAUGAUAUUCAGGAACAGUUAUUACUCCUCAUCCAGUAGGCUCUUGAACCAGAGGAGAAAGCUUCACUCAACUUACCUCUCUCAAAUACUGAACUACACUCAUAACCUACAGAUUCACUUUCAAGGACUCUUCACAUCAUGUUCUCAAUAUUUAUUGCCUAUUUAUUUAUUAUCAUUAUUUUGGUUGGUUGUUUGUGUUGUAUGUGUCUUUCAUUAUUUCUCUGGUGUUUCUUUGUAUUUAUCAUGAAUAUCCAU